AAUUAUGAAGUAGAGGGUUGAGCACAGAAACGUUAGACGUUACUUUGUCUGUCAGUCAAAUGUCAGCAACUGUAGGAAAGUGACUUUAGGAAGUAGUUUGAUUAAGUAUUUAUUGCAUCAUGUCUCAGGAAAAUGUUUCUGUUGAUGUAAGCUGUUCAUGGGAGAGCGCUAAUGAGAAGACUCUCCUAGAUGCUAUUACCGUGGCAGAAUUUUCUGCUAAGAAGAGAGAUGAGGAUGGUGCCUUAACUGACAUGGUUGAGCUUGAGUCCUGUAUACUCUUGACUCAACCAUUAGAAGAGAAUGGUAACAAUGACAGGGUCUCACCAGAACCCUGCUCAAUCACAUUAAAACUGAUGUCCAAAUCUCCGUCAAUUAUUUCCAAUUUGGUUGUAGCUUGUGAGGCAAAAUUAAUUGAAGUAUAUGGAGCUCACAAUGAAUAUUUGAUGACAGUUUCGGCAGAUCUUAUUGAUCAAGUAGAUGACAUGGCUGUUUACUGUGCUGAUAUAGCAAUUAAUCAGUUAACACAAGACUGUACGCUAAAGUUUGCAAGACUAAGUAGACCAACAGCCAUGUGGCUUUAUGGAAUUAAAGUCAUCUGGAACGUUGUAGAUAAUUAUGAGAACACCAACAAGCACUUGGGUGUUAAUUUUGAAUCAGUGGAACAGCGCUUAAGAGAAUCACACACUCAAUUAUCUGGAAAGGCAGAAAACUGCAAACAAUUUUUGAAAAUGUAUAGCUCUCUUAAUGACCAAAAUAAGUCAGCUCUAGGCUUGUCUGACCCAUUGUCACUUUUGUCUCUAUUACCUGGCAUAACAAGGGGAAAAAGAAGCGCAGACAACUCUUUUCUAAAUUUUGCUUCUCAAAGCUUUAAACACUCAGGCGCGGGUGACUCGUCUAAACGAUUAAACAGCGAUGAAUAUGUAUCUAGGGAUUCUGAUAAUUCAAACAGCCAUGCAUGUUCUGACAAAUUUGAAAGGAUUUUAGAGAGGCACCUAACGUCCAUGGAGAACCGCAUAAUGAAAGCUCUUGAUGAAAAAAUUGCUGCUAUGCAACAACAGCAAGAGCAACAGUUACAAUCUCUUAUCAGUCUUAUUUUACAUAACAGGUCACCUAUUGAUGUUAGAUUACAACCAAAAGACAAAGAUUGUUCAAAGUUAUUGGAUCAAGAUACAAAAAUUGAGCAGGCAAUUAAAAAAAUGAUAGAUCAUAAGCAAAUGAUAUCAUCGUACCAUCAGGAGCCAUCCCAAAGAAAUUACAUUGGAGAAACUAAUGAGAAUGUUUUGAAAAAUGCUUUGAUGGCUUUGAAGUUUAAUGAAGUAUUAGAAGGGACCUCACUCAGUGCUAAUAGUACUAGUGCAGUUCAGGGUAAUUCCUAAAUGUACCUACUACAGUAUGUAAUUUAAUUUACCUAUGCUAUUCUUCUAUGUCUGUAAAAUGUAUUUUACCUAUGCUGUACUUCUGUAAUUAUUGUUGGAGAAAAACUCCUUUCACUUCAAUCAUUUGGACUGCCCACAAGUGUGUUCAUAAGCUACUUAAAUUGAAAUACUGCCUAGGUGUUCAGUGGUUUCCUCUAUGAAAUACUGUAGUAAUAGGACUCUCAUGGACAAAGAAAGUGAUAACUGGAGAAAAGUCACUUAUAGCUAUAUUGCAAUAAAAAGAUUUUUCAAUCAGUAA